AUGAAUUCUUUUGUCGAACUCAAGGAUCAGCUUCAGAAAAAGCUCGAUGAGAAAAAUGCCUUCACUGAAGUGCUCGAUAAAAUUCAAGCUAAGACGAAAGUUCCCAAAAUCUAUCAAGUUCUUGGUAGGUGCACAUUCUACUUGUAUUUUCUGCAGGACUUGCGAGCCUCGUCGGGUUGUAUCUGAUGAUCGGCUAUGGUGCUACUUUCCUGGCCAAUCUUAUCGGCUUCCUUUACCCUGCAUACUAUUCGUUAGUUGCGUUCAGUUCUUAGUACGAUUUCUUAGGAUUAAAGCAAUUGAAUCCCCUGCCAAGGAUGAUGACACCAAGUGGUUAACUUACUGGGUCGUGUAUGCCUUCUUCAGUUUGAUUGAGUUCUUCACGGACAUUCUUCUGUUCUGGAUUCCUCUCUACGCAUUUAUGAAGGUUAGUGUGUCGUCUACUUGGUCUCCUGCGGCAGCGUAGUCGAUGAUUUCGUUCGAUGAUUUUUCUCCCCAUACACAACAUUGGAGCUUUUUUCCCAGAUUAAGCGUUUCUUAGUCCAGCGUAACCUAUGUGAAAUUCAGUCCAAAUGGUAUCGUUUUACACCAUUUAGUGUGAUGAACGUAACGUCAUCUAAUUUGCUUGUUUGAACUUUUCUGUUCCCGUCAUGAUAUGCCCAGUAAUUUGAGAUCCCCGCCAUCCGUUGUAGUGCAUGUUUCUGAUUUUCUUGAUGCUGCCGGGACCUCUCAACGGCUCAUGUAUGCUGUACAACAACGUGCUCCAACCACUGAUUUCCAAGUACGAAAAAAGAAUUGACGACGUCAUGGAUGAAGCCGGAGACUUCGCCAAAAAGGGUAAAUUGCGUGUUUACCUAAAUUUAUUUGAUUGACUUGAUUGAGUGACCCCGAAACUCAUGUAUGGUGCUUGUUAGGAUCCUUCCGGGAUAAUAGUGACUUCGGAUUUCGUGGGUCCACUGGUUGUGGUCACUCCGUAUACUAUCUGAUUUACUUUGUGGGUGGCCGGUGCGCCAGACCAUAGUGGCGUUGCAUUUGUUAGCCCCCAAAUGAUUAAUCGCCCAACACAAGGUUUUUUUUUCAGUUAAGCCCGCCUUGCCUAUGGGCACAAACUAGCUUCUCUGAAAUUUCAGGUCUCCCUAGAAAUGAUCUUAGAUCUCCCAAAUAACAUUCUUUACCUAAUCCGUGAGUUUAGAAAAAAAACUAGGCCCACCUAGUGUCACUGCAGCCCGUACUCGAACUCGAGUGUGGUCCCUUGUUUGCAAAUUUCGCACCGUGUUUUUUUAUUUGCGCGUGCCGUCCUCCCUCGUGCGCUGACACACGUCUAGUCACCGCAACCAAUUUCUGCUCCUCCCUCACCAUAAUUCUGACUUUGUUUCUUCACAAGACUCGUUGUCUUCUGGCUAGUCGAUUUUGCCUCGGUAGUCUUUUCGGGUUUUAGGGGGUGCACUAUUUCGAACUCAACUAGGAGCCUCCAUCUACGGCGAAUUUUUUUAUGCGCACGCAACCUUAAAGCUUUUCUAAGCGGGUUGUCGUUCACUGUUCCCAUUUUUCAUUUUAGCUACCAGGAAAGCUAAGGACGCUGUGAUCGAUUCUGCACUAAAGAGCGAUUGA